AUGGAGGUUACAGAACAACUACUAACAUGUCCCAUCUGUGCGGAUGUCUUUACAAAACCCAUACGUCUCCCCUGUGGACACAACUUCUGUCAGACCUGCAUCCAUAUCGUUUGGAACAUGGAUGAUGAUGACUCAGGAGCAGGACCACGAUUCUGUCCUGAAUGCCAGAUCUUUCUUCCACCUGACCUGACGCUUGAAAUCAACACAGAUCUGGAGCAAAAGGUACAGCAUUCCAGCACUUGUGGACGUGUGACAGAAGAGACUGCAUUAAUGACUUCAGCUAUCACGUGUGAUCAGUGCAUUGAGAGGUCUUCAGUGGCUGUGAAAAAUUGUCUGAACUGUGAUGCUUCACUAUGCUCAGCUCACACUCUCCAUCAUCAGCACAGGGAGCGGCUCAGAGGACACACACUUAUUGAAUUGACCGAAGAUCUGUUUUCCUAUAAGUGUCAGGAGCAUGGUGAGGAGCAGAAGCUGUUUUGCCAGGAUGACCAGGCUGCCGUGUGCUAUCUCUGUGUGGUGUUCGGAACACAUAAGAAUCACCGGAUCAUCCAGCUGCAUGAAGCCUGCUCAGAUUUCAAGAAAGCAGUGGAGGAAAGAAAUGCGGAGCUGCAGCAGAACAGACACCUGGCUGUGUGUGCUUUACAGGACCUGCAGCGACUGGUUUCUGAGACAUCUUCUUCUGCUAAAGCCUACAGAGUCAGAACCACAGAAACAUACAAGCAAAUAAAAGCCUUGAUUGUACAGGAUCAACAGCUGAUGAUGGAUAUUAUAGAAAUGGAAGAAGUUUACAUCAACAAGUGGGUGGCGUCUCGGAGAGUGUCUUUGGAGCAGCAAAUAAAAGACAUGGAUUCUUUAUUAAGUGAAAGCAAAUCUCUUCUUCAAGAAAACGAUCAGCUAAAACUGAUCAGGGGCAAAAUUGAAAUCAACAACACUGUCAUCAGUGGAUACACACAAACACAGGAUGGAAACUACCUGAAGACAAUACAUUUAGAUCCAGAUACAGCACACCCUAAUCUGGAAGUUUCCUCAGACCUGCUGGAGGUUUGCUGGAGUAAACAGAGCAGGCAGGAAAGCAAAGACACAGAAGACGUCAGCACUGAGUACAGUAUCCUGGCCAAGGAGUCAUUCCUCAGUGGCUCUCAUUACUGGGAGACUGCAGUCUGGGAGAAACCAUACUGGCUAAUUGGUCUGUCAUAUGGGUCCAAAACACAGGCAGGAAAGAAGAAUGAAACUCCUGACUGUAUCCUCUUGAACAAGACAUUCUGCUACAUCUAUCAUGGAAAUGGAAGAUAUCUUGUAUGCAAUGGUUCAGAGGAAACUAUGUUAGCAGUGGAAAAGAAAAUUCAAAAAGUUGGAGUCUGUGUGGAAAUUGAGAAAGGAACAGUAGUUUUCUAUGAUGCAGACACACUGAAAUUGCUCCAUUUGUUUUCAGUAGAAUUUCUGGGUCCAGUGAGACCUUUAUUCAACCCUUGCCUUUGUUUCAACAAGCAAAACGCACAACCUCUCAUCUUGUUAAACUGGACAGGCCAAAAGGAGUCCGGUGUAGCAGUAGAGGUAGAGGAUGUCCUCAUCAUAGCAAUCAGUGUUCUGCCUCUCCUUCAAGGAAUUGGUCUGCACCAGUUGUGGGUGGCCUUUGGCCAAGGACGGAACCUGAGAUGGAUUCCUGUACAUGACCUGCACCUCUCUUUAGGACUGGAGAAGAGCAAAGGAAUACUCUUCUUUCAUGCCUUCACUGGUUGCAAUGUUGUAUCAGGCUUCCGCAGCAAAGGGAAGAAGUCUGCAUGGCAAACCUGGGAUGUGUAUGCUGAAGCUUCUGAUGUCUUUGCCAAGCUCAGCCAGUACCCACCAACAGUAGAUGAUGAUCUGGAGGUCCUGGAGAAGUUUGUGGUGACAAUGUAUGACAGGUCCAGUACAGUUGUACGUGUUGAUGAUGCCAGGCUGGAUAUGUUUGCUUGA